AUUUCCUUUUGCUUUCCGAUUCUCUCGUCGAAGCUUCGGUCCUAGUUCAGAACGCCUACCUUAUCGCAGCCACUUAGGCUUGCUUCCAUCAGAACAUUUACCCACCAUUCAAACUCUCCUUCUGAACUGUGUUCUCAUCCAAAAUUAUUGUGUAGUUAAUAGGUCUGAAAUAAAUAAGCUACUCCGGAACUUUCUCCUUCCUCGUUGAAAAAUGUGCAUCGUGUUUUGGACCCUUGAUCAUCCUGAUUACUCUCUUAUUAUAUGCAGUAAUCGAGAUGAAUAUCUAGAGAGGCCUACUAGAAGCGCUCACUUCCAUUCCUUCAGACACGAGGCCCAUCCAGAUAACAUCCUUUCCGGGAUCGACGAGGUUGGUGGUGGGACCUGGUUUGGUAUGAAUCGGACCGGAAAAGUAGCUCUACUGACAAAUAUUACCGAACCUCCAGCAACGUUCAACUCAUCGAGGGGGUCAUUGGUAUCCUCGUUUCUGCUGUCGGAUUCGCCAGGGUUGCGUUUGCAGGAAGAAAGUAAAGAACUCUAUCCUCGGGACGCUCAAUACGCCGGAUUCAACAUGCUUCUCCUCGCUCCUGUCUCAACCGCGUCUACUGAACUUCGUUAUGAUGCUUCCUUUGUCACGAAUGCAGGGGCCGGUGGUGCCAUUUCUUCUCGGCCCCUGUCAGCCAUCGAAAAAGCUGGCGGCGGAUUCUCGAAUGGUAUCGAUGGCAAAGGGGGAAGCGAGUGGCCAAAAGUCCAGCAUGGAAUGCAAGAAUUUCAAGCUGCGCUUCAAAGCCAAUCAUUAGACGCGUUAACUGAGGCCGAAUUCACCAAUCGUUUGUUCGAGCUACUUACCUGGAAAUGUCCUGCGCCAGUUACGACGCGUUCUGAACUACGGAACACGGUGGAAGUUGCACCGAUCCCGAUCACACUGGAAAGUACAAAGUUUUACGGUACGAGGCUUUCAACAGUAGUUCUCAUCCGUAGGGAUGGGCAUGUGUCAUUCAUUGAGCGUGACAUAUGGAAAGAAGUAAAUGGGAUGGUAGAGAGAAUGCCAGCCUCCUCGGAACGUAAAUUUAACUUCAAACUACAUAUCGUAACAUAGGAUAUAAUGAAAACCCUGAGUGUCAUUCGGUCAAGAUCG